ACGUACGACUAAAUGUAUGUAGCUAUGAAUUCAGACUUUGGGGUGAUUUAAAAAGCGCAUUUGAGUGACGUUCCAGUGGCGUUUAUCGUUCUCCCUAACUUUAAACUUGGAAAUUCCGACUCUCUUCAGUACACCUGGAACGCAUCACGUUUUCCGCUUAACAGCUAACGCUCGGAGCGCCUUUGUAGUCCCUUUCUGCCACUAAAAGACACUUUUCUAUCGCACCGUGGACCGGACUCCCGCCGCACUCUGAGUUUGGUCCUUUUCUCGGAUAAGCCCCGAAAACCAGCGUUCCAAAUGAGUGACGGGGAGUGCAACUUCUUCUGUUUCUUCCGCUGCUGCUGAGCUCGAACGCCACGUGGCUCAGACACGCCGGGUGCCAGGGUGUCUCUGAACACCGACGCCAUCAUCAGGACCUGUGGGUGGAAGAGUCGGAGCCUCUACAAGCCAUUUCGUCCAAUCGAUCGGAGACCACAAGGAUCCGACAGGUAGGCGCGCCGUCUACCUGUCCGGGUGGCUGAGUGCGUCGACUGGAUGUCUGUGGACAUGAACAGCCAGGCGUCUGACAGCAACGAGGAAGACUUUGGAGUGAACUCUGAAGAGGAGGAUGAGGACGACGACGGCGGGGAUGAGGAAGACCAAGGGGACAUUGAAACCUACUAUGACGGCGUGGCCGGCGACGUGGAGCAACAGGGUGCCGACUCCUUUGAUCCGGAGGAGUAUCUGUUCACGUGUCUGACGUACAAGGAGAGCCAACGGGUGCUCAGUGAGGAGGUCAACAUUGUGGCUGUUGCACUGAAGGUUUUACCGGCUGUAGCAAAGCUGAUCCUUGUACAUUUUCACUGGCAGGUUUCACAAAUACUGGACAGGUGUAAGUCCAAUUCGUCUCUGGUGCUGUCAGACGCUUUGGUUCAGCCUAGCAGCAGCUGCAGAUCAGUAAUUGUCCCUCUGUCCCUCCAGUGUGGUGUGUGUCUGCAGAUAGUUCGGAGAGACUCCCUGUUGGCACUACCUUGCCAGCAUUCUUUCUGCAAAGCAUGCUGGGAGCAGCACUGCACCGUACUAGUCAAAGAUGGCAUAGGAGUGGGCAUCUCAUGCAUGGCUCAGGACUGCUCCCUGCAAAUGCCAGAAGAUUUUGUCCUGCCUCUCCUGCCAGGAGAGGAGCUGAAGGACAAGUACAGGCGCUACCUCUUCAGAGACUACGUCGAGAGUCACUUCCAAUUGCAAUUAUGUCCGGGUGCAGACUGCCCCAUUGUCAUUAAGGUGCAGGAGCCACGGGCGCGCAGGGUGCAGUGUAGCCGCUGCAGCGAGGUCUUUUGUUUUAAAUGCCGUCAGAUGUACCACGCACCCACAGACUGUGCAACCAUCCGGAAAUGGCUGACAAAAUGCGCUGACGACUCGGAGACGGCCAACUACAUCAGCGCACACACUAAAGAUUGUCCUAAGUGCAAUAUCUGCAUUGAGAAGAACGGAGGAUGCAAUCACAUGCAAUGCUCCAAGUGCAAACACGACUUUUGCUGGAUGUGUCUUGGAGACUGGAAGACUCACGGCAGUGAAUAUUACGAGUGCAGCCGCUACAAAGAAAACCCCGACAUAGUCAACCAGAGUCAGCAGGCUCAAGCCAGAGAGGCUCUCAAGAAAUACCUCUUCUACUUUGAGAGGUGGGAGAACCACAACAAGUCUCUGCAGUUGGAGGCCCAGACGUUCCAGAGGAUCCAGGAAAAGAUCCAGGAGAGAGUGAUGAACAACCUGGGAACCUGGAUUGACUGGCAGUAUCUUCAUAACGCUGCAAAACUUCUAGCUAAGUGUCGCUACACGCUGCAGUAUACGUAUCCCUACGCCUAUUACAUGUCCGGCCCACGCAAGAAACUGUUUGAGUACCAGCAGGCCCAGCUGGAGGCAGAGAUCGAGAACUUGUCGUGGAAGGUGGAGCGGGCCGACAGCUACGAGCGGGGAGUGGUGGGAGGCGAGGUGGAUCUCAGUGCCAGCGACCGAGGGGAGCUGGAGAAUCAGAUGCACAUUGCCGAGCAGAGGCGACGCACGCUGCUAAAGGAUUUCCACGACACCUGAAGCGCCAUUUGGACUGCGGAGCACCAGCAUCUCCUUCCUUCCCCCUUUGUCCCCUACUUUUGCUUCCUUCAGUGACUAACCUGGUGUGGUCACACUUUUUACUUGUCAACACCGUGCUGUUUCCCCCCCCUCUCCCCCGACCCGUCCUUCCCCCCUUUCCUAAAAUGCUGCAGGGUCACGGAAUGGCAUGAUUGUAUCUUCUCCUUUGUCAUCCUCAUGCUCUUCCACCUCACAUUCACCAGGGUUACACUUAUUUAUAACCAUAUCGCCCCAGUAAGGUACAAUUUGUUGCCGUUACCGGUGACUCUUUACCAAUCCUUUUUAAAAUACGAGAAAAGGUUUAAACCACUGAGGAUGAAUUAUUUUGCUAUUAAUGCUAAGACCAUGACGCUGGCAGUUGUACGGCUCACAUUUGAUUGGUUCAUUUUGGCUAGUUUAUAAGUGCUGUCAUUUAAUUUUUGGGGGUUUUCUGUUGAAUACAUUCGCACCCUACUUUCAAGACUUAAAAGAAAUGCAGUAUUUUCUUGUUUUUAUUGCCUGAUCACUUAGAGGAGAUAAUGAAUGUUUGUAGGAGGGCUUUUUCUUCCACGGAAACACAAUUUUUUUUCUUAUUGCCGAACUUGCUUUUAAAUCUAAUUGCCAGUAAUAAACUGCUGGCUGUUAUGAUCAUGGUAGAAACAUACUUUCUUCAGCUAAUUAACAAAUUUUGGCAUUAGCGGCACUUACUCACACUACACUACAACACUCCGCGUCACGCAACAAGCAUCCAUCCGUUCUUUUUACUCAAAUGUAUUUCCCUCACCCCAACAUUUGUUCUGUCAUUUGUCCUCCUUGCUUACAUUGCUCACCUUUCUUCUGGAAAAAAUGGCUGUUGAUAGAGAGAUGGUUUAAAAAAAAAAAAAAAAAAAAAAAACACAAUAAAGAAAAAUUUACCAAAAAUAAAAUUGCUGUAAUUUUCGCCGGUUGUACAUUAAUACAGUAAAUAGAGUUACUGAGAGAGUUUUUAAAACUGAA